CUCAAACCAUGGCAGACAGAGACUGGGGAAAUCAAACGGCCAUCACAGAAUUCAUCCUUCUGGGAUUCGGGGAUCUCCCUGACCUGCAAAUUCUUCUCUUCCUGAUGUUCCAAGUGAUCUACAUGGCAACUGUGGCUGGGAACACCCUCAUCGUGGUGUUCGUUGUGGCUGACCAGCACCUUCACACCCCCAUGUACUUCUUCCUGGGCAACUUGUCCUGCCUGGAGACGUGCUACACCUCAACCAUCCUGCCCAGGUUGCUGGCCAGUCUCCUUACUGGGGACAGAACCAUCUCAGUCAGUGGCUGCUUCACACAACAGUAUUUCUUUGGUUCUCUGGCAUGUACAGAAUGCUAUCUCCUAGCAGCGAUGUCUUAUGAUCGAUAUUUAGCGAUAUGUAAACCCCUGCACUAUUCAACUCAUAUGAAUAGCAGGGUUUGCCUCCAGUUGGCUGCUGGGUCAUGGUUAAGUGGCUGUUUGGCUACUGCCAUCUUUGUCUUAUUUCUAUCACAUUUAAUAUUCUGUGGCCCAAAUGAAAUUGACCAUUUCUAUUGUGAUGUCAUCCCACUGAUGGAACUCGCCUGCAAUGACACUCACCUGAUCAUAUUGCUGGCUUUCGUAAUAGCCUCCAUAUUCACCCUGCCUCCAUUCCUACUAACCCUGACAUCCUACGUGUGCAUCAUCGCCACCAUCCUGCAUGGAAACACCAGCCUUACAUUUUUGGGAGAUGCUGUCCAAGUUACUAUCGACAUCUGCUGA